GAUCGGCUCGGGCUUGUGAUCCAGCAUGGAAAAAACCCCAUCAACCAGAGGAAGGUCUUGAAGAGCCUUCUUGGAAGGCCAAGAAACUUGCCAUCGAGGUCUGUCGACUGCUCGAUGUCUGUCCGAGGAGCUAGUCUUUCGGUGCCCGGGGUGGCCUCCUUUCAAGAACAGUCAAACCGGAAGAAAGCAGCGCUCGCCGCAAAGCGCAGCUCUCUGGAUGUAGAUGGAGCCGUUCCCCACCUAUGUAUAGCCCUG